GCCAGAAACUGCUCCACACACACUCUCUGUAAAAAUCUCUUAUUGACCGUUCAUUCUUUGUUUUCCCUUUGCGCAGAACCAUAGACGCACUUCAUAAACUCCAUAAUUGCUCGCUCUUUCUCAGCCAUCAACUCCAUUCGCAAAUUUCCCUUUUUUCUAUUUUUAUAAAACCAAAUUUAAUUACUAUGGGCAAACGCAAACGAAUUUCUUAUCACACCCACUCUCGCAGGGAUCAUCAUCUCCCUUCUCCUUCUCCGGAAGCAAUUCAAUGCACUUCCAACAUGGAGCUGUUGUCAGAUGAGAUACAGAAUGUACACUUCUGCUUAUCUUUGGAAGUAGUAUGAAACCUUCACAUUCAGGCGAUCCCGGUGCCCACCCUCUGCCAGCUGCAUUGGAUAUAACAGAUGGAUCUAUGAAGCUACUAAAUACGCAUACAACUAUGGCAAAUCAUCAUCAGAAUCUUGGUCGUUCAAUAUUUUUGAAACGUUCACGCCAUUACUAUGGCCACCAGUAUUCUCGACGUAACUCUGCCAAUCAUGCUAGUGCAUCUUCUUCUCGUGGCAAGGGUAUUUCUUCAUAUGAUGAUAGACUUUCUUUUAAGUUGGCUUCUCAACCAAACUCACAAUCCAGACAACACGCAGAAUAUAGAGAGAAGGUGUUUUCCAGGCCAGAGAGAAUCCGGUCAAGUUCCUUAGGGAUGGAUGCAGUGUCACAAGAUGUAGCGAAGAUGGUCUGUGGGAUUUGUGAGAAGCCACUGAGUCGAAAAUUUAAUUUUCUGGGGAGUUCGGUGUCUUGUUGUGAGCUUUCAGUUGUGGCAGUAUUAGUAUGUGGUCAUGUUUAUCAUGCAGAUUGUCUGGAGCAGAGAACUAGCCUUGAAGAACUACGUGACCCACCAUGCUCCGUGUGUGCAGGUUUACUCUUGCAGGCUCAAGACUCUAAAGAACAGGAAUAGUUUCCAUGUAGAUGGAUUUUACAACUUGAAGUUGAUCAUCAUCUGCUAGUAAAGGGACAUAUAAGUGUGGAGAUAACAAAACUAAAGAUAGGUCAUUUUGCUGCUAAUGGACUAUGGUAGCUAGGAUAAAGAUCUUGUAGACUCUGAAGAUCUAUGCAUUAUCUGUGGGAUUUGUGGAUUCGGUAGAGAGCUGUGUAAUUUCUUCUGAUACUAAUUCUGGUUCACCAGGCGCAUAGGGGAUUACCAUAUAUGACAGCCUAAUGCUUUGGUUACCUGAGCCAUGGAGUAGAAGUUUUAGUAGUUGUAAAUGUUUGAGAAUUUCAAUGACAUUCUAGUUGAAAUAAUUGUUCGAUCUUCAUCUUUCGUUGCUAGUA